AUGGCGCAUCCUGUGGCCAGAAUCUCAAGCAAGGGUCUCAAGUCACCCUCACCUCUGACACCUUCCGGUCAAUCCAUUCAGAUCUGCCCUCAAUGCGCGCAUCGUUUACCCUCGGUUUACACCCGUCAGUUCACAACCACUCGACGCAGAAACGCUGCCGCCGGCGUCCUUUCGAGCAAUGUCAAUAUCGACUCCAAGCUGCCUAAACAUGUUUCGGUGAAGAGUCAGAUGAAGAAAGCCAAUCGGCAACAGAUCGGCACGGAUCUGGGAAAACUGCCGCAGACCUUGGUGCUUCCUGCUGCCACGGACCUUCCGGCCUGGAUGGGCCCCCAAUUCAUGAAGAGAACAAGGAUCCACUGGCUACGAUUCAAGACUGCUCUCAAAGACUGGUGGAGCUUGGUGGUUUUCCUGAGAUGGGACGUCAAACGAGACCCUGUGACGGGGAAAAAGAUGAGAAAACCCCUGGAGCUCUCCCAGAGACACCAGAUCGCGCGCGACCUACACAAGGAAUUCCACGAGGCCCUGGGCGAAGGGGAUCUGAAAAGGCUACAGGCUAUUUGCUGCGAGGGUCUGCUGGCCCAGGCGAGGACGCGAGUCGAGCAACGGAAAGCCUUCCGCCGGACCAAAGAACCUUGGAAGAUGAUGAGUUACUCGGGCAUUCAGUAUCCAGCUUGGCUUGAGCGGUGGCCCCUCUCAGUCUUUCUACCCAAAGCGAGCACCAGAGUCGUCUCGGACAGGCUCGCCCCCUUGCCGUUCGCUGACACAUAUCUCCGACAGUGUAUUGUCCGCAUCCGCAGCGUCCAGAACUAUUUCCUCGCCGAUCGGGACAAGGACAGCAUCCUGAAGCACAUUGACUACGUGGUGAUACAAAAGAUGACCAUAAAGGGCGAGGAAGGGCCUUGGAAGGUAUGGGGUCUCACGGAACCGUCCACCAUGAAGGAGAUUGAUACGUUGCUCGAGGGCAAGGGACAGGAAUCGGGCACCACCCUUGUAGAGCGGAUACAGGACAAGAUCUCCGGUGUCGCGGGCGCCUAG